AUGUACCCCGAUAAUGAGUCUACCAUGUACCCCGAUAACGAGUCUACCAUGUACCCCGAUAAUGAGUCUACCAUGUACCCCGAUAAUGAGGAUACCAUGUACCCCGAUAAUGAGUCUACCAUGUACCCCGAUAACGAGUCUACCAUGUACCCCGAUAAUGAGUCUACCAUGUACCCCGAUAAUGAGUCUACCAUGUACCCCGAUAAUGAGUCUACCAUGUACCCCGAUAAUGAGUCUACCAUGUACCCCGAUAAUGAGUCUACCAUGUUCCCCGAUAAUGACUCUAUCAUGUACCCCGAUAAUGAGUCUACCAUGUACCCCGAUAAUGAGUCUACCAUGUACCCCGAUAAUGAGUCUACCAUGUUCCCCGAUAAUGAGUCUAUCAUGUACCCCGAUAAUGAGUCUACCAUGUACCCCGAUAAUGAGUCUACCAUGUACCUCGAUAAUGAGUCUACCAUGUACCCCGAUAAUGAGUCUACCAUGUACUCCGAUAAUCAGUCUACCAUGUACCCCGAUAAUGAGUCUACCAUGUACCCCGAUAAUGAGUCUUCCGUAUACCACGAUAAUGAGUCUACCAUGUACCCCGAUAAUGAGUCUUCCGUGUACCACGAUAAUGAGUCUACCACGUACCGCGAUAAUGAGUCUACCAUGUACCCGGAUAAUGAGUCUAUCAUGUACCCCGAUAAUAAGUCUACCAUGUACCGCGAUAAUGAGUCUACCAUGUACCCGGAUAAUGAGUCUAUCAUGUACCCCGAUAAUGAGGAUACCAUGUACCGCGAUAAUGAGGAUACCAUGUACCGCGAUAAUGAGUCUACCAUGUACCCGGAUAAUGAGUCUAUCAUGUACCCCGAUAAUAAGUCUACCACGUACCGCGAUAAUGAGUCUACCAUGUACCCCGAUAAUGAGUCUACCAUGUUCCCCGAUAAUGAGUCUAUCAUGUACCCCGAUAACGAGUCUACCAUGUACCCAGAUAAUAAGUCUACCACGUACCGCGAUAAUGAGUCUACCAUGUACCCCGAUAAUGAGUCUACCAUGUACCCCGAUAACGAAUCUAUCAUGUACCGCGAUAAUAAGUCUACCAUGUACCGCGAUAAUGAGUCUACCAUGUACCCCGAUAAUGAGUCUAUCAUGUACCCCGAUAAUGAGGAUACCAUGUACCGCGAUAAUAAGUCUACCAUGUACCCCGAUAAUGAGUCUAUCAUGUACCCCGAUAACGAGUCUACCAUGUACCCCGAUAACGAAUCUACCAUGUACCCCGAUAACGAAUAUAUCAUGUUCCCCGAGAAUGAGUCUACCAUAUACCCCGAUAAUAAGUCUACCAUGUACCGCGAUAAUGAGUCUACCAUGUACCCGGAUAAUGAGUCUACCAUGUACCCCGAUAAUGAGGAUACCAUGUACCGCGAUAAUAAGUCUACCAUGUACCCCGAUAAUGAGUCUACCAUGUACCCCGAUAACGAGUCUACCAUGUACCCCGAUAAUGAGUCUACCAUGUACCCCGAUAACGAGUCUACCAUGUACCCCGAUAAUGAUUCUACCAUGUACCCCGAUAAUGAGUCUACCAUGUACCCCGAUAACGAGUCUACCAUGUACCCCGAUAAUGAGUCUACCAUGUACCCCGAUAACGAGUCUACCAUGUACCCCGAUAAUGAGUCUACCAUGUACCCCGAUAACGAGUCUACCAUGUACCCCGAUAAUGAUUCUACCAUGUACCCCGAUAAUGAGUCUACCAUGUACCCCGAUAACGAGUCUACCAUGUACCCCGAUAAUGAGUCGACCAUGUACCCCGAUAAUGAGUCUACCAUGUACCCCGAUAAUGAGUCUAUCAUGUACCCCAUAAUCAGUCUACCAUUUGAAGAGCUUGGUCUGUAUUUGGUUAAAUGUCCCCGUAACAGCCAAGGCACAUGUUUCCAAGGAUUAAAACUAGAAAUAACAGAAGAAAGCAACUGA